AUCAUUAUAUCAUACUUCUGUACACAGUGAUUACUGUUUUAUUUGCACUGAUUUUAAAAACAAACCUACAAUAACCUCAACUUUAAAUCAUUUCAUCAGGUUGAACAUCUAAGAGAAUAUCAGCAUCAUGUCGAAAAAUGUUGACAGAAACCAGGUGCUUACAACCACCAGGGUGUGUACUACACUGAAGAAUGAUGGCAGCUGGAUCCACACAUCUAAACAGGAAAAAGAAGAGCAAGACAAAGCACGGAUGGACCAUGCUGUGGAGGCCAGGCAGAAAUCAUACGUCCUCUCCAUAGCCAAGAAAUUCGAAUCAGUAGAUUCUCCAACGAGCCCUACACAGCUUUCUCCAUCUGACUGGCCCCAAGCACCCACCGAAGAACUUAUCCAAAAUGGUGAGGCACAAUCAGAAACAACUGUUGACAACACAGCUGCAGAAAACAAGGAAGCAUAUGCCGAUACAACAGUGGGCCAUUCAAAUGUAGAAGACAGUAAGAAGGUUGCUGAAGUUUAUGCAGAUGUUCAUGUAGAGCCAGCCGAGCAACUAGUUGCCACCACAACAGCAGAGAACAAGGAAGAAUAUGCUGAUACAACAGCUGAGCAGACAAACGUAGAACAUAGUGAGGCCAAAGUCUCUGCAGAUGGUCAUGAGGAAGAUCCUGUUGCAGAAACCGCUGAUGUGGUCGGUACAGGGGAGAGUAAAGACACUACGGACGUCCCUGUUGUUCUUGCAGUAGAACUGAAACUGCAAGAGGAACCUUCAAUCAAAACAGAGCCAGCAAAUGCAACCCAUUUGGAGGAUGCAGGAGUAGAAUCAACAGUACAACCUGCGGAGGAGAGUUGUAACAAAUGUUGUCCAGAUAAUGAUGCAAAAGACAUUUUUGAAGCUGUAACUUUGGAGUCGUCGACUGAUACGAGUGAUGUGAUUCAUGCAACACCAGCAGAAGAGGCUGCUCUCCAAAAGAGUGUGGAACCAGUCCCUGACUUAUCGGUAGAAUCUGUAUCUGAAUCACCCACUCGGUGUGCUGCUGAAACUGCUAAAGAGGGAAGUUGUGAGGGAUGUCCUCCAGAGCAAAGUACAGAAGAAAUUGUUGAAGUUGUAGCUAAGGUUGUGGUGGAAUCAUCACCUGAGACCCCUGCUGUAAAUAAUGCAACACCAAGAGACGAGGCUGCUGUACAAGACACUGUGGAACCAAUCCUGGAUACUGCAUCUGAAUCACCUACUCAAUCUGCUGCAGAAACUGCAGUCAAAUCUGUAGACUUUGAAGUCGAGUCUACAACUCUGACAGAACCGGUUUUAAAGACCAGAGCUGAAGAGGUAAUUGAGUGUGAAGUCCAGCCUGUUAUUAACACUGUUGUCGAGCAGGGUGCUGAGCCAGCACCAGAGAAUGCAGCAGAUCGUGUGAUGGAGUUGAGCAUCGAGGAUGCUCUUGAACCUGUAACUGCUUCAGAAGCUGUUGCAGUUCAGAAUAAGUUAUCUGACAGAGCCAUUGAAAUGACUGAUGCUUUACAUGUGGAGCCACCUGCAGCUGAAGCUGUUCCUAAACCUGUGGAAGAUCCAAAACAACCCCACUCAGUGGAGUCAAAACUGAACCAGUCUGAUGAUACCAACACCGCUGAAAUGUUUCAAAAACCCAGGGAGGGGCUACAAUCCACACACACUCUAAAAGAGACCAGUGAUGGCAAAGCUGUUUGUUCAUUCUGUGACCAAGUAAUUGACGGAAAUGUCAAAAUCAUACUCAGUGAACCUCUGGUGACCUGCCACCCUGACUGUCUAAAGUGUGGUGUGUGUGCUAAGGUCCUCGGAGAUAUGCUGACCCCCAUGUUCCUGCAUGACCAAGUAAUCCACUGUGAUGGCUGUUUUGCAAAAGCUCUUGAAGCCUGAGGUCUAACUGGGACAAACAUGUUGUCCGGGCUGAGAACCUCAUCACUGUUGCCUUAACUCUAUAUUCUGUCUUUUGAACCAAUUUUCCUACUGAAAGUUUUAUUUUCUUUUUUUGAGGACAUGGUGUAUUGUAAGGACUAAGAAAUCUGGAAAAAGGUUUGGCAACAUAUUAUUUAUUAGUAUAACUGCUAAAGAUGCUUAAAUGAAAU